ACGGUGAUCUCUGUGUGUGACGAAACAGAAGUACAUGAGGAUUUGUUGUUUCCUGAGAUUUGCUUGUAUUUGUGAAAUUCCCAGUCACGGCUUCAACCGUUGCGGAGCCGCGUCUUUGACUGCCACUCACUUCUUCUGUCACUCUCAACAAUCUUUGAUCUCUACACGUAUUUGCUCGACAUCUGUACCAUCGGCGAAGCGCUUCGGCAUAAUUGGAUUCCUCAUCCCUGUCCUUCCGACCUUCACGUCCUUCUCGCCGCGACAAUGGCUCCCUCGACACCCCAACCCGCAGAUGACUCCCACCAACAACUCCUCGAUCAGAUGGACAUAUACUACGCCGCGAAACCAUUCCGGAAUCAAGCGUGGAAGCCUAGUGGUCGCAGAAACAAAAACACAAAACAAAUGAUUUCGGAGUCACAACGAAGAGAGGCUUCUGUUCUCGCAACGCAAAACAACUCGGGCGCAUCGACGCCUGCUCUCGCGACAGGUGCAACCACAGAUGGCGCUGCAACACCUUCAUACUCCGGCACUCCCUCCCGGCCGGUAAACAUGGCACAAGCGACGCAAAGUCUCAGUACGUUGGUUCUGGAGAGGAAUUUGCAAAAGGCCGCGACGAACGGUUUCGGCGGAGGAAUGGGACCACCAGCCGUGACAUACACCAACAUCGAGAGCGCACCAAGUUUACAUCCUGCAAAUCACAAGCACUAUUGCGACAUCACGGGCCUCCCUUCGAAGUACAUCGAUCCGAAGACAAAGCUGAGAUAUUACGACAAAGAGAUAUUUGCCGUCGUGAGAAGUCUGCCACAAGGUGCUCCGGACCAGUAUCUGGCUGCAAGAGGUGCCAAUGUGGUUUUGAAGUAAAUGUGGAAUGAUACGAGACAUACGAGAAAAGGAAAAACCAACAGCUAUAUUCUCAGCUAUCAAAAGCAGCAGCAGCAGCAGCCCCAGAAGAAUAAUGUCAGACCAGCUAAGUCAAGCCCGUUCCACCCACUGGUGUCUUUCAACGACCAGUUCAAGGAAGCGCUCCGGCUUAAUUGUGGACUUUAAAAUGUUGUUCUUCGCCGAUAUUGACAACACUACCGAAUCUUCAUGAGGCAAGGAGAAUCAGUUACAGCAAUGUGAAAGAGCUGCGGUCAAGGCGAGUGCUGGAUGAGGAUUCUUGUAGAGAAAGACGAUCGACGCCAAAGAGAGGUUUGGCAAGGAAAGGGAGUAGCACCACAUCCCAGCGACUUAGUAGGCGAAGCUCACGCGAGCAUUCGCGACACGAUAUUGUGUAAGGGGACUUGGGAUGAUGAAGGAUUGCCAAUUCUGCUGGUGUUUCCAGGGCGCGUUUGAAUGAUCACUAAAAGUACUUCCUAGCUGUCGUUUUGUGCCGUAAUGAGGCCCAGCUUAUAUCUAGGAAGCUUCAUGAUCUAGGCCUAAGCGAGACAAUGCAAGUCGAAGUCGAGCCCAAGUUCAAGUGUUAGAUUAGUCGCACAUAGAAAGGCGAGAGAAUAACAAAGAAAAUU